AGUAGUGUCAGGAGUUUGUCCCAACAUGGCGGCACAGAGUGAGGGAGGUGGCAGAGAUGAGUUAAAAACCCACUUUGCCACCAGAGAGGGCACUUACAAAUUAAUGCCAUUGUCAGAAUAUUCGAAACCUUCACGAGUGGCAUACAAUGGACAGACUAACACACCAGUUAAAGUGUCAUUUGUGAAUGUCAACGAUGGGUCGGGGUCCCCCGAUCGGAUCUGUUUUAAUGUUGGGAGGGAGUUAUACGUUUAUGUUUACAAGGGUGUUAGAAAGGCUGCAGAUCUAACAAAACCGCUGGACAAAAGGAUCUACAAGGGGACCCUGCCUACAUGCCAUGAUUUCAAUCAACAUUUUGUCACUACUGAGAGUGUAUAUCUAUUAGUUGGCUUCACAGCUGGGCAAGUCCAGCUGAUUGAUCCAAUCAAAAAGGAGCUCAGUAAAUUGUACAAUGAAGAGAGGUUAAUAGACAAGACCAAGGUGACUUGUAUCAAGUGGAUCCCUGGAUCACCCAACCAGUUCCUGGUGUCUCAUGGCAGUGGUCAGAUGUAUGUGUAUAAUGAGGACUUACCAUGUGGGCCAACACCUCCACACUACCAGCUCUUUAAGCAGGGCGAGGGCUUCUCUGUAUACACAUGUAAAACAAAGACUACUCGCAACCCCAUGUAUCGGUGGAUAGUGGGGCAAGGAGCUAUUAAUGAGUUUGCAUUUUCUCCGUGUUCACGGUACAUCGCAAUUGUUAGUCAAGAUGGCUACCUCCGCGUGUUCAACUAUAACUCUAUGGAACUUCAUGGCACGAUGAAGAGUUUCUUUGGAGGACUUCUGUGUGUGUGUUGGUCACCGGACGGGAGGUAUCUCGUCACUGGGGGAGAGGAUGACUUGGUGACAGUGUGGUCUUUUCAAGAGAAAAGAGUCGUAUGCCGUGGUCAAGGUCAUAAGUCUUGGGUGAAUGUUGUGGCCUUUGACAUGUUCACGUCAAUUGUGUGUGAUGAAGAAGACUGUGAUUACAUGGAAGAGCAAGAAGACUGUAGUCAUUCAAAAGCCAAUCAUACCGGGUCAAAAGAUUCGACUUCCGAUUUACCUCAGUCUAAUGGCUCUCAUGUCAGUUCCAAAAGUAAUUCCACGGAAGGUAAAAAUGUGACAUUCACAUCCUACAGAUUCGGUUCUGUAGGUCAGGAUACUAUGCUGUGUUUGUGGGACUUGACGGAGGACAUUGUCAGGCAGCCGUAUGGACGGUCUUGGACUAGCGUUGUGGCAUCGGCAAAUGCUGCCUCUUCUCUUCCCCGCUGCAACAGUCUACCAAACUCUCAAAAGCCCAACUCCAUUGCAAAUGAUGUGUCAGCAAUGGAUGGCAAUGCUCACCAUAUACAAAAUGCUGUCAUGAAUGCCAGCAGUAAAUUUGCAACUCUCUCAGUAGCAGAUCGGAAGGAGAGUCAGGAAAAGAAGGAACACAAAAGGAACUUUAGUCUAGCGAGUCGGAACACUGAGAAAGUCAAUCUACUUAAGUCUAACCAUGUGAGGCCUAUAGAUGAGUCGUUAAAACUUUUGGGGACAGCUUCCUGUCCUAGGUUAGAUGAAGUUCCCAUUCUGGAACCUCUAAUUUGUAAGAAAGUGGCACAUGAACGUUUAACAUCUCUGGUGUUUCGAGAGGAGUGCAUAGUUACAGCAUGUCAAGAAGGACUUGUGUACACGUGGGCUCGACCAGGGAAAGUUAUACAUGAAGGAUGAAGUCCUGUACAGUCUAAAGAAAAUGAACUUGUGAAACUUUGUGAUACACUCACAAGAAGUGCUGAGAAUGGCUGCCAAGUCAAAUCCUACAAGAUUACACCGCAUGGAGCGAUCUUUAUUCAACAAUGGUGUUGCUCCUCAGUUGCAAGCUUAGAUCCAGGGCCUUAAUGUCAUGUCGUAUGUCCUUGAAAGCAUCAUCAACAACUGUAACAGUGGGCCUUAGUGUUGUGGCAGUCGUUCUUGGAGCAUCAUCUACCCUUGUAACAGUGGGCCUAAGUCGCAUGGCAAUUGUGUCCAAUAUCACCAACCCAUGUAACUGUUGGCCUUACUGUAUUGUGUUCAAUAUGUCCUUGGUAAGAUCUACCCUCAGCAGUGGGCCUUGGUGACAUGGUAACUGUCCCUGGUGAGAUCUUGCCGAUGACCGUGGGCCUUGGUGUCAUGACGACUGUCCUUUGUAGUGAUAACAUUGGACCUGGGUGUCAUGGCGACUCUCAUGCAGUGCGCUAACCUCAUAGCAGUGGGCCCUGGUGUCAUGUCAGCUUUCCCUGGCUAGAUCUACCCAUAUGACAGUGAACCAUGGUGUCAUGGCAACCUGACUUUAAUCGACCCUUGUAACAGCUGGCUUUCAUGUAUGGUGGCAACUGUCCUCGAUAAGAUCUGGCCUCGUUACUGUAGUCAGGGCAACUGCUUGUGGUGUCGUGAUCAUCGUCACCGUCACCUUGGACAUGGAGAUGGCUUUAAUGAAGAAUGAGAACUUAUCCAGACUGGUGCAGCAUGGCGUCUUUGACUGGCAGAGUUGUUGUUGUUUUUAAUCCAGAAGUCUGCUCAGACAAGCAGAGAAAGACCAUCAUGGCUUGUUACCCUUGUUUUUAUUCCCUGCAGAAUGAAAUACUUAAUUAUAGCAUUUUAUUCAUCAGUUAGCGCCUUAUCCAGACCCUCUGGUGUGUCAUCCCUCGAAAAGUUCAUACUCUGUUGAUCAUGUUGUGAGAAUAUUGUUAUUAUUUAUUGUACAUUGUUUGUUAUAACUUACAUGAUCGGGUCACAAAACAGUAUGUUAUAUAUAUAUAUAUAUGUCAGUUUGAUUCAUAAUGAGUGCUUAGACAUGGUAAUCAAAUACUAGUGUAAGAGUGUUGUGAGCCUAUGACAGAUAAAUAACAAUUUUAACAUCAUGCAAUAUCGGACUCAGCAUACAUGCGUUAUAGUAGUGACAUUGCCAUAAGAAUAUAGAUUAUAUAUCCUCAUAUCUGAUAUUUGCAUCUUACAUUUUCUCUUUGUAAGUUUUAGCUUUGCAGCAGAUGUUUACUUUAUUCUCUGAGAAAUGUGUUUGAAAAUAAUUGGUGGCAGUUCUCUCUACGAGACAGUUAAUUGUUUAAGGUUACUCAUAAGCUUUUCAAGCAAAAGAAAUUACCUGAAAUAUCACUAGCCCAAUCAGGGAUAAUCCCUAAAAUUACAAUAUUCAGCCUGACCUCAUUAAAUGAGCUGACUUCGGCAAAUAGGCUAGUGCAAAUUCUAUUACUGAUUUUGAGAAAAAGGAUCGUUUGUUAAAACCAUUGUGAUGGUACUUUAUGAAACAAAUAUGACAUUAGUCUUUACAUGUGUAAUGUACAGAAAUAUUUAGGUGUCUACUAAAAUCCCUCACAGUGACAAGCCUAGGGUGAACUUAAAGCCAUGUGAGAAAUUGAGAACAAAGACAUAGCUUCUCUUAUGAAUUCCCAGACUUGGUGUUCAGGAGGCGACCAUAUUGGUUUGGAUAGCAAUCAAAGGUACUUCUGUGGAUGUGAUUUGGUGGAUGAACACCAGAGAAUGCUACACUGCUCUGACCUGGUUCAGAAACUUUCAUCUUCCAUGACACCCAAAAUAUGGCUGGUUUGGCUAAGGCUCAGCAUCUGAUUUACCGGUAGUCUCUCACUCUCAUUUGACUGCAGCUGAACACAUUGCUUCGGGUGAUGUAGAGACCUUUCCAACCUGUGAAGUCUGUAACAAUCUGAUACGUUGUAGCUUGUGUCAACAGCUUUAACUACUCUGUACCAUAAAAACAUCCAACUACCAAAGGCAAUUCAUUACCAUUUUGACAGUUCAGUAUGAUACUUUUAAUGCAUUUCAUAUUGGUUUGAGCAAAGAUAGUUAGGAUCUUCAUUAGCAGAUGUUUGCACCUUUACAUUUUUUAUGGUUUCAUUUUGGUUACAACUUCCUGUGACAAUAUUUUAGCUGAAACGUCAUUAUUUGGUUACUAUCAACAUGUAUUUCAUUCCUUAUUGGGUAGAGCCAUGUAUUCUCACCUCGUCAUAUGACAGAUGUUUAUAGUUAAACAGUCAGGGGACAUCCUGAUUGUGUCUGUUUGUCUGAUAGUGUUCAAUGCUUGUUUGAUAAGUAGACCUUUAGAAUCUCCAGUGUUGAUAAUUAAACAAUCACCAGAGGGUUUGGGAUGAGGCUGUUCAAUCGGCUGUGUUUCCUUAGAUUGACCAGACAUGAUGACUGAUUGCUACAGAGCUAUGUGUACAUUGCUUCUCUGUGAUACUCCAGGGAUUCCUGGAACUUGUACGAGUGAUGGGCGAACGAACGAGUGAAAGAAGUGUGUCUAUGAACAAUCCGACCAAUCAACGGAGUAAUAAACGUUGUUCCUGUGUGAUCAGCCCUUACAUGUUGUCAGUGUGAUUUCUACAGUGCAGAGGUGAUUGGACGUUUUGCUUGGUGGUGCCAUAUGGUUUCGUGUUCUGCUCCUUAAACUGUGUUCAGACAGACACUGGGGUACGAGACCUCACAGGUGACGUGGCGCGCUCCUGAAUCCUAAUAUGUUAAAUUUGGAAGCAUUACAUGUCUGAUGAUCUUGAUGACAUAGAUGUAACGGUAAUUUCAAAAGUUGUGACAGAUUGUGUAAAAGUGAAUGUUUAAUAAUCAGAUUAUUUCUUGUGCUACUUUUAUAAACUGCUCUUUGAAGGUAGGCUUAAAAUCAGCAGAGAUUGCGAACAACUCUGUUGGUUGAUAGAAGCAUUUGAAACCAUCAAGUGACAUUCUGUAGCAUCAUAUCCAAAGAAACAACUUGCAGAUAACUUUGUGUGUUUGUGAUCUGCCACUAUAUGGAAUUAUAUUUCAAGAAUGCUUUCACUGAGAUAUACUGUGUUGGAUAAACUGUUUGAAUUUAUUGGAGUUCAGUGUGUAACUUCUAGACAAUUUUGAUCUCUCAGAAUAUGAACUUGUUAUACUGGCUGUGUAGAACCAGCCUUUGUGUGUCAAGUAGGAAUCCUAUAUAUCUCUGAUAUGUUUAUUUCUGAAACUUUUUUGUGUUCAUUCAGUGACAUUAGGAAAAUCAACAACACUAGUAUGGUGUUCAUUUUGACAUUCACAUGUCACCGGAUCAAUCUGUCUUCCUCUUAGGUGAUCAUGUGUAGCUCUGUCCUUUGUCCUUGUUCGCUCGUCACACCGAAGACCCGGGUUCGAUUCCCCACAUGGGUACAAUGUGUAAGCCCAUUUCUGGUAUCCCCCACAGUGAUAUUGUUGGAAUAUUGGUAAAAGCGGCGUAAACUCCAACACACUCACUCACUCACUCCUUUGUCCUUGGUCCACAUAAUUUUAGGAAAUUAACAUUUUGCAUGCUAUUAAAGUUCUGAAAUCUAAGUUCCUAGAUUCACGCUGAUGUCCUUUUAUCCUCCCCCUACUGACAUCUCAAGCAAAAAAAUAAUCCAUUACCCAACAAAUAUAACAAUUAUACUCCUAUUUUAUGUUUGCUGGUGCAUGACUUGCAGACAACCUGGAUGUGUCUCGUCUUGAAUGGGACAACUCUGAGAUAGAUUGUCUGGUUUUGAGUUAUUUUUAUGAAGGUCAAGGGAAUGGACUACCUCAGUGAGAUGUCUGUAUACUUUCCUGAAGUGUCCUGGCCUCGACUACAAUCUCCAAGAACGAAACUCCAAGAAAGCAGGGGAAGUGGGGUAGCCUAAUGGUUAAGGCAUGCGCUCGUCGCGCUGUUGAUUCUCCACGUGGGUGCAAUGUGUGAAGCCUGUUUUUGGUGUCCCCUGCCAUGAUAUUGCUGGAAUAUUGCUAAAAACAGCAUAAAACUAAACUCACUCACUCACCCGAAGAAAGCAGCGCCAUGACUUGUAGGUGUAACAACUGACAAUGUUUAACUAGGCUUCAUAAGGCUUGGAUAAGAAGGUACUAAGAAGUGAGAAAUCACUUUUGGGUCAUUCAAAUGAAGAUUGCCAGCUGACUUAAAGAAUGGGACUAUGAUGGUAUGUUUAUUGACAUCACAAAUGUCGAUAAGUGCUAUUUCUUUGAGUUUGGUGUGAAGGUCUUAUUUGAUACUAUUUUGGGGGAUUGCAUGUGAAAAACAUUUGUAAUAUUGCAGUUUUAAAAGUUUGAAUUGUAAUAGUUUGAGAUCAUUUAUAAGCACAUAAUUAGAAAUCUAUAUGCACAUUUCCAUCUUUUACCUCCUGUGAAAUUCAAUAUGAGUACUUUAAUAUAAACCAAAUUGCUUUUCAUCCCCCUGUAUGUUCUUGAGACCUGAAAUGUUCCAGAAACUAUGACAAUCAUGUGUAUAUAGAUAUGACAUCAAUAUGCACCAAAACGCACCAAUAAGCAGAACUUUUGACAUUUUUGUCAUGCACCAAAACAUGAUGCAUGCUUGCUAAACAAUGAAACUAUAAUUUACUUGAUUAAUGGAAACGUAAAGUUUUUGUAUUUUGUAAAAGAUUUCAUACCAAUAAUAGCUCAUGCAAGUUUAUCAAGAGCUGGAAAUAUAUACUCAAGGGAUAGUAUUAAUUUUCCUACAUGGGUUAUCUCCCUUGACAUGUUAUACCACCUCCAUGUGGACAGUCCUGUUUGCUUCAGUAGAUAUAUUACGAUUCAUCAACAUAACUAAGGAAAUUAUGUACAAGACAGUUUUCAUGGUUUUAAUAUUUCCAUGUCAAUCUUUCAUCCAUUUGUACAACUUGCUACAGUGUUAUGCACUCUUUGUGAUUAUGUACGGGUGUAAGACAUACAAGCAGUGUUCUAUUUCGAUACGCAUUUGCAUGUGACUGAACACUUAACAUAACAAUUUAUCUUUUUCAAGUGGCCAUCUUAUUUGGAAAUUGAAUCAGAUGGUGCGUGUUUGUUUUCAUAAACUGUAGCACAACAGGAGAGGCUCCCAUCCUGGCAGUUAUUAACCCAAAUUAUAAAAACAAGGGUGUUUUACUUCUCUAUUUUUUGUGAUCAGAGGUUAUUUUUUAAUCAUCAGAUACUUUUUUAACAAAUUGGGUACAAACUGGGUACAGUUAAUCAAAAUGGGUAAAAUUAAGAAUAUUUCUCUAUUUCUGUUUCUUAUUGAUGUCAAUGGAGCCAUAUAUUUCAAUUCCAAUUGGGCACAUUAUGAGAUAAUUUGUUUAAUCGUUAGAAAUGAGAAUUUUUGUUAUUGGAAUUUGUGUCUGUUUCUUGUCAUGGCUUCAUCCAAAACCUUUGUAUACUAGGUAGAUGCUAAGUGGGGUGUUCCUUACAAAAGUUUUUCAUUGAAUUAGGAUAUUUAUUACACAUUAAUGGUGUACUAGUAUUCUUUGGACUGGAAACAUUCUUUGUGGUAUUGUGCAUAUUUUCAGAGUUUCUUCUGUUAUUUUCACUGUGUAUGGUCUGCUGUAUUUUCAUGAAGGAUUUCAUUCACAUUCCAUGCUAAUUAAGACCAAGAGAUAAGAUAAGAUCAAGAAAUUUAACAUUAUUUAGACUAGUCAUGUGGUGUUUUUGCAUUUAUCAAAAAAAUGUUCUAUUCAGAUUGUUGGGUGGCCCAGUGGUUAUGUGUUUGCUCAUCGAGCAGAAGACUGUUUGAUUCCCAUUAGUGUAACAGUUAAUGACUGGUCUGUCUGGUUCAGAGUCAACAGGUUAAGCCCAUUGGUGGUGGAUUUAACAGUAGAAGGAUGAAAUUCCACGUCUUCUUGAUGAUAGGUUUUGUGAGACGAAGAACGAGUGGCUGGGUGUUUCUGUAAAUGAUAUCUGCAUGACUAUAUGACUACAUUACCUCAAAAAGAAGAAUAUUUGAAUGGAGAUUUUGAACUUCUUCUCAUGGAAUGUGAGCAUUAUUGCUUCACAGUGUCUCAUCAUGAAAGAUAGGUGUAUAUGACAUGGAAAAUCUUAGUCUUAUGAAAAUGUAUUACAAAGUAACUCAGUAAUUUUCAUUGACCAAAAUCAUUUGUGACACGAGAUAUUGUCCAAAGAAAGGUAUGGUCCAAACCAUGUGGUUAUUUUUCAUUGAGAGCUCUGUGUAUUGUAAUGCAUGAUUCCAUGAUUGUUUCUCUUUGAUUCUUGGUCUGUCUAUCAAACAAUUAGUAUGAUAUAUUUCAGUUCUAUGGGGUUAUGAUGGCAUACACGUUCAAUUACAGGUACCAAAAUCAGUGUUUUGUGUUAUUAAUUUUAAGAUACUAAUGACAUAUUUCAAUGAAGAGGUAUUAAUACAUAUAGCAGAAAUUCCUAAAAUGAACCUUUUUUAUCUAUUACUCUAGUGGGAAAUUUAGAAUCAAGGAUUGGUUUGAAGACUUGAGUAACUGAAAUAUAUUCAUAGAAAUGUAACAUCCAGUAUGUUAGGAGUAGGAGUUAUUUUAGGGGUUUAGAUUGAGGACUCACUAUUUUUGUUCCAGCAAUUCUGGGCCUAUAAUUUCGAAGCUCUCUUAUCGCUAAGAUAGUCGUAAGUUAAUGUAUGGCACUUACGAGUAUCUUAGCGCUAAGAGGGCUUCGAAAAUCUAGGCCAUGGACGAGAUUACAAUUUUUUCCUUAAAGAUCCACCCUCAUUUUAGUAUAAGACAAAAUAUAAUGGAUGUCAACUUCUUCUUUAUUCUUCGAAGGGGCAAGAAAAGCCCAGAUACAUUGUGUAGACAAUAAGGAAGUUGACAUCCAUAAUAUUUUGUCAUAAUAAUAUGCCUCUCAAGAACCUCAUUUUAGUUUACAUUGAAAGUAGAGAAUUCGAAACCAAAUAUGAUUAAUAUUGAUGAAUGAAUGGGUACAGUGUACCAGCGGCCUCGUAUCCUCAUUGUGUUUCCAUAGUGAUGAACCACCUUUGCACUGUACAGAUACCAAUAUUGUUGUGUUAAGGAAGGGCUGUGUGUGAUGACAGCUGUGAUCAUUAUGCAUGAUUAUUGUAGCAUAAUAUGUAGGGUAAUUAUGCAGGUUUAUGUUACAUAAAUAUGUCUUCUAUUCAGAUCUGCCAUUAAGAAGACCAGAUGUGGACACAAGUGGAGUGUAUUUUGUACAACUUUUCCUGGUUUGAGAACAACCCGUUACAUUUGUAUGGCAAUGCAUAACAUCCACUGAAAAUAUGGAGUUUCUAACAUUCACAGUGAAAUAACUGGGAUAUAAAAAAGAAAAAAUUAGAAAGUAA